ACGGUUAAUUGCCCUUUGCCAUUCAUAUUAUCUCGGCAACAAAAAAAAGCUUCCGUAAAGCUUCUUGAGUUCUUCUCGAUAAUAAUCUGCACUGUCUGCUAAGCUAACCGGCAAACGGCCCGCACUCAUAGAACUCGAUAAAUCCGGCGAAGUCUCACCGGAACCCUAGAAAUAUUUAACAGAAAGGAAAAGAGAAAUUGAAAGAUGGGGAAGAAGCAGCAUAGCAAAGAUCGGAUGUAUAUAACCACGACAGAGUGGGCUACUGAAUGGGGAGGUGCCAAAUUCAGAGAUCUUCGUACUCCCUUCAAACGCCUCCCUUUCUACUGCUGCGCUCUCACAUUUACGCCCUUCGAGAUUCCAACUUGCACUCAGGAUGGUUGCGUUUUUGAAACCAUGCAAAUAAUACCAUACAUUAGGAAAUAUGGGAAGAACCCUGUUACUGGAGCACCUCUUAAGCUUGAUGAUCUUAUUCCUCUUGCAUUCCACAAGAAUUCUGAAGGUGAAUUUCAUUGCCCAGUUUUGAACAAGGUUUUCACUGAAUUCACCCACAUAGUUGCUGUCAAGACCACUGGAAAUGUGUUCUGUUAUGAGGCAAUUAAAGAGUUGAAUAUUAAAACAAAGAAUUGGAAGGAGUUGCUCACAGAUGAACCAUUUACCAGAGAUGAUCUUAUAACAAUUCAGAAUCCUAACGAACUUGAUGCCAAAAAAGCUCUAGAUCAAUUCGAUCAUGUAAAAAAAGGCUUGAAAAUUGAAGACGAAGAACUGAAAAAAUUGGAAGCUGAUCCAGCAUAUAACAUAAAUGUAAGCGGGGACAUCAAGCAGAUGCUUGCAGAACUUGGAACUGAGAAAGGAAAACAAGCAGCAUCGCUUGGAGGGGGCGGGAGCAAGGCACAAGAAGAAAGAGCUGCUGCACUUGCUGCUAUCUUAGAUGCAAGAUCACGUAUUAAAGAUGAUUCUAAAUCGAAUGGAAAGACUGAAAACAGACAAGUGUUUAGUAUUGUAGAUGCUGCAUCUGCCUCAGUACACGGAAGAAGUGCCGCUGCUGCAAAAGCUGGCUCAGCUGAAAAAACUGCUGCUCGUAUAGCUUCUCACAUGGCUGGUGAAAGAGCUCCUGUGAAUUCAAAGCUGGUGAAGAGCCGCUACACUACCGGUGCUGCUUCAAGAUCUUUCACUUCAACUUCUUUUGACCCCGUCACCAAAAAUGAAUAUGAAUACGUCAAAGUUGAGAAAAAUCCCAAGAAAAAAGGAUAUGUACAACUGCAUACAUCUCAUGGAGAUGUGAAUAUUGAGUUGCAUUGUGAUAUCACUCCUAGGACAUGUGAGAAUUUCAUCACUCUUUGUGAGCAAGGAUACUACAAUGGUGUAAUCUUUCACAGAAACAUAAGGAAUUUCAUGAUCCAAGGAGGUGAUCCGACUGGUACUGGAACAGGGGGUGAAUCAAUUUGGGGUAAGCCUUUCAAGGAUGAGGUGAACUCAAAGCUGCUUCACACCGGAAGAGGUGUUGUUAGUAUGGCAAACAGUGGACCUCACACCAAUGGUUCUCAAUUUUUCAUCAUGUACAAAUCUGCAAAGCAUCUAAAUUACAAGCACACUGUAUUUGGGAUGGUAGUUGGUGGCAUGACGACACUUGCAGCAAUGGAAAAAGUUCCUGUAGAUGAUGACGACCGGCCUCUGGAAGAAAUUAAAAUAAAUAAAGCAAGUAUCUUCGUCAACCCUUAUGCUGAACCUGAUGAAGAAGACGAGGAAGAGAAAGCCAAAGAGAACAAGACUGAGGAUGAAGAAAAUGAAAAAGUGGGAUCCUGGUACAGCAAUCCGGGCACUGGUGCAACAGAUUCAGGGACUGUUGGUGGCGGUGUUGGGAGAUACCUUAAAGCGAAAACCACUCAAGUUGAACCGACUACCGGUGAUACUAGUAUUCCGGCUGUUAGUGCAAAGAAAAGGAAAACAGGGUUGAAAGGAGACUUCAAAGAUUUUUCUGGUUGGUAAUUUUUUUUGUUCUUCUGUUGCUGUAAUUGUAGUUAUUUAGCUCUUUGUAGCGUAAUGCCUAUCUGUAAUCUGUAACAUAUAAACAUUUUUGAGGAAAAAAAAGCUGCAAAUACACAAAAACAGGUCAUUACUAGUGAUACAUAGAUUGAAAGUUCCUAGUUGUUAAACCUUUGUUCGUGAAAUCAAGAUGCAAAUUGUUGUUUUCUUGGAA